GCUCCAGACCCACUGUGGCCAGGGGGAAAGGUCCUGCUGUGCGAUGUCUGAGCAGGUGAGGGGGCAUCAGGUGACCCCCAGCCCUGCCUCGAUGGAGCUGACCGCCACCACCAACUUCUAUUCCUGGGACGAUGAGUACUCAUGGGAGGAUGGCAUGCUGCCCGAGCUCUGCGAGAAGCAGGCAGUGCAGGGCUUCGCCCGCACCUACCAGCCUGCCAUCUACCUGCUGCUCUCGCUGCUGGGUAUGGUGGGGAACGGGCUGGUGCUUCUCACACACGUACGCUACCGCCAGGCACACAGCAUCACCGACGUCUGCCUUCUGCACCUUGCCCUGUCUGACCUCCUGCUGCUCCUGACGCUGCCCUUCACCGUCACCGACACGCUGCUGGGCUGGUCCCCGAGCACAGCCACCUGUAAAGCGCUGCAGGGCCUCUAUGCCCUCAACUUCUACAGUGGCUUCCUCUUCCUCACCUGCAUCAGCGUGGACCGCUACGUGGCCAUCGUGCGGGUGCCGGCUGCCUGCCGCCUGCGCCCACGGGCUCGCCGCCAUGGCUGGCUGAUGGUGGGGCUGGCCUGGCUACUGGCCACGCUGCUGGCGCUGCCCCAGUUCAUCUACAGCCAAGCGGAGCAGCACCAAGACCUCUAUCUCUGCCGCGUCAUUUUUCCCCACGCGGUGUCACGGGCAGCCCGGGGGGCCACCAACUUGGUGCAGGUCAUGCUGGGCUUCGCGGUGCCCUUCCUGGUGAUGGUGACCUGCUACGCGGCUGUGGCCCGGACACUGCUGGCUGCCCGUGGCGCCCGGCCCCACCGGGCACUGCGGGUGCUGCUGGCCCUUGUGCUGGUGUUUGUGACCCUGCAGCUGCCCCACAGCCUGAUGGUGCUGCUGGACACAGCCGAGCUGCUGGCCAGCUGGGAGGUGAGCUGUACCCAGAGCCGCCGCAAGGACCUGGCGCUGCUGGUCACGGGCGGGCUGGCGUACCUGCGGUGCUGCCUCAACCCCCUGCUCUACGCCUUCCUGGGCCAGCGCUUCCGCCAGGAGCUGUGGCUGUUGGCCAGCGAUGCAGGCUGCGUGGGACCCCUCGAACCGCGUUGCCCCGGCUGCCCCAGUCCCCGCCGGCAGACAUCGCUCUCCACCUGCCAGGAUGUGGUGUAGGGACACGGUGCCUGCGGCCAGGGCAGGGACCAGCACCCUGGGGCUCGGUGUCUCUGCGCCUUCCUGGGGAGAGAGAGCCUUGUUCAUGCACAGACCUGCCCUGGGCCCCGGCAGAGCAGGGGCAGCACCAUACGGUGCCUGCACACGCGUGGGCAGAGGGAAGAGCAGCCCUGCAGUGAACCGCCAGGCAGGGGGGGAACCCUGCAAUGUCACGCGUG